GAAGAAGUGCUGCUCGAUUUCAGAGAGCUGCAAGGAGAGCAUUCAGGCGAGAAUCUCGCUGAUAGCGUCUGGCAUACCAUGUCAACAUACGGUCUGAAAGGAAGGGUCAUAGCUAUCAACAGUGACAAUGCGACCAACAAUGACACAAUGAUGACAGGCAUCGAGGCACGAUGCAAGAAGGAAAACAUACCUUUCUCUGCAAAGGCAGCACGAAUGCGCUGCAUUCCGCACACGAUACACCUCGCUGCACUUCAGGUUUGCUACUGUUAG